CUCUUGGAAAUGCUCCCCUCUCAGCCAAUGGAGAGCACCGAUUCUGGCAGGGGGCUGUGCUUUUUGGUCAGCCCUGCCCCCAUCCACCCACCCUGCACACAAAAGCAGCAUAAUUAACUGUCUUAAGGAAGCCGAACCUCCGCCAGCUGCAAGCUGGCAAGAAGAAAAUACCUCGGAGGCACGAGGACCAGGGACGCAGCCGCAGCCGAGCGAGGGGGAGCCGACUGCAAGCUGUUUCCCACCCGUGGACAAAAGCGCCCAUCCGCGCCCGUCGCGUUGCCCUGGGUGACCUUCCUUGGAUGCGGAGUCCGCGCCUGAGCGCAUCUUGCUCGGAGGCUCCGAAGGCGAGGGAUGCCCGGCUGCAUCCGCCCAAGGCUCUUCUUUGUUUGCGCGUAACCGGGAGAGGCCGCGGAGGUAGCCGGGACUCACGCGGAGCUGAAUCCACUUUCUUUCUCCCCGCCCUGCCGAGGAAGACUGUCCGCAGGAUUCAUCCUUGCUUCAAGUCGGUGCCUCUUCCCAGCUCCCAUGGGGACCACUGAAGCCACGCUCCGGAUGGAAAACGUGGAUGUGAAGGAAGAAUGGCAGGACGAAACUCUGCCCAGGCCACUCUCGGAAGAGACGGGGAUGGACUUGCUUGGCAGUGCCACAGAAGACACAUCCUCCCCUCCCAACACUCUGAACUUCAACGCGGCUCAUCGUAAGCGGAAGACGCUGGUGGCCCCCGAGAUCAACAUUUCCCUGGACCAGAGCGAGGGCUCCCUGCUGUCCGAUGACUUCCUGGACACCCCCGAUGACCUGGAUAUCAACGUGGAUGACAUUGAGACCCCAGAUGAGACCGACUCGCUGGAAUUCCUGGGGAACGGCAAUGAAUUGGAGUGGGAAGAUGACACCCCCGUGGCCGCCGCCAAGAAUAUGCCUGGGGAUAGUGCGGACCUGUUCGGGGAUGGCUCCGCCGAGGACGGCAGUGCCGCCAACGGGCGUCUGUGGCGGACAGUUAUCAUUGGGGAACAGGAACACCGGAUUGACCUGCACAUGAUCCGGCCCUACAUGAGGGUGGUGACCCACGGAGGGUACUACGGGGAAGGUCUCAACGCCAUCAUCGUCUUUGCCGCCUGCUUCCUCCCAGACAGCAGCUCCCCCGACUACCACUACAUCAUGGAGAACCUCUUCCUGUACGUCAUCAGCAGCCUGGAACUCCUUGUGGCCGAGGAUUACAUGAUCGUGUACCUGAACGGUGCCACGCCUCGGCGAAGGAUGCCCGGCAUCGGCUGGCUGAAGAAGUGUUACCAGAUGAUUGAUAGGAGACUGCGGAAAAACCUGAAGUCCUUAAUUAUCGUCCACCCAUCCUGGUUCAUCCGCACCGUGCUGGCCAUCUCCCGCCCUUUCAUCAGCGUCAAGUUCAUCAACAAGAUCCAGUAUGUGCACAGCUUGGAAGAUCUGGAGCAGCUCAUCCCCAUGGAGCACGUGCAGAUCCCAGACUGCGUGCUACAGUACGAAGAGGAAAGGCUCAAGGCCAGGAGAGAAAGCACAAGGCCGCAGCCAGAGUGCGUCCUGCCCAGGUCUGAAGAGAAGGCGGAGGCGGGGCUGGCGGAGGACAGGUCUGCUCUGGCCACAGAAGAUCAGGAAACAAGCAUGUCAUGAGGUGACGUGAGCACAGAGGAGGACAUGAAAGAAGAUCCCAGAUGCCAGGAAACCUCUGUCGGACGCCCUCUGACCCUGGAUCUUGUCCCCACCUCAUCCUGAGUCACAGUCUCUGGGGGGUGUCCGUCUCCUCCAUCCAUGUCUGAAACCCAACAUCCUUUCCAGCUGCUUGAAAACUUUUUUUUUAAAUGAUGCAGUAUUAGUGCGUUCUGGAAAAGGACCCAGUUCUCUACCCUCCCACACUCAUGAGCUCAUGGCCAAGAAGAGCAAGAAGCGUUGAGCAUGGCCUGUGUGUCCUUGGUGGCCUCAGAGACCGCCCCCCCCCCACCACACCACUGCACAGAAUCCUGGUCAGGACCCUUCUCUUGCUUGUCACCUGGUUCAGGUUGGAGCCACUGAUGCCCAUCGACUCUCUGGCCGGGUCUGGAUUCCUUCUUGUGCCUUUCCUGCCAGAACAGCCCCCGCAGCCCUGGGCAUCUGGCCUGGAAACUCAGCCCCCACCCCCAGCAGCGCCAUGCCCCCCGGGCACUGCCCAGCCUUUGAACUCACAGCUUUUCCUUUGAACAGCCCUCCCCUUGCCUCCUAUAACUUCCACCUUCUUAGGGAGCAUCGGAGCCCACAGCACCAGUGAGGGCCGCUGAUAAUCAUCCUUGUUCUACAGUUGUGAAACCACAUCCCCCUCAAUCUAGAACAUUCUCAAGCCCCUUGAACGCGGAGGCCACGCCACAGGGCAAUCCCCAUCAAUACCUCCUACCGAGGGAAUGAGCCUCCCCACUUCCCUAAUCCCCCCGACAACACGGGGUUGGGAUGCGCCCCUUGGGCUCCCACCGGGAACAGAGGCCGAGAAACCAGUGCUGAAAUAAGCUCAUCCCAGAAACGCAGACCGAGAAAAAGGAAGAUACAGGGUACUGAACGUUCGAGUGUUACAAAGGUCACUGGGGAGAAUAAAACCCAGCGGCCUGGAUGCUACGACCACCUGCAUUCAAAGGAAGCAGAUAUCCUUAGGACAAAAAAAAACAUUUUUCUAAUGCGGUCGAAACGCCCGUCAGGUGGGCGCUAAAGGGAGUGAGUUCCCCGUCUCUAGAGGCAUUCAAGAAAAGGCUGGACGGUACUUGCACAAAGUGGUCCUCUGCGGUCCCCUCCAACCCUGAGAGUCUCUGUUUCUAUGAAUCUGAGCAAAAGUCGAGCAGGUGCAUCGUCCGGCCCCUCUUGCUGGCUCUGUAGCGGGCUUCUUAGCGGGUGUCAUCCAGGUUUGGUUGACCCUCCCUCCCCCAGUAAUUUCCCAGUAGGAGAUUCUUGGCCUCAAAGGAGAUGUUGAAUGCUUCUCCACCUGGGACAUCAAGGGGGUGUG